GUCAAAAGCUCUUUCCCUCAUUCUCUGGGAGUGCCUGUCUCCAGAAGUUUCACACUUAACGCUCUCCUGCAUUGGACAACAGAGAUUUCCAAGUCUCUGAAAUGGCUCAAGCUUCUGCAAAAGACGCCAAAGGCGUACCCAAUGGCGACGGCGCUGUGCCCAAGAAGGCCUUGUUUGACGACGACUCUGCAUCCAGCAGCGAAGAGGACCAGGAAGAAGGCGGGGCCGCCCUCGGCCCUCCUGCUGAACUCAAGAUCAACGAGGAAUACGCCCGCAGAUUUGAGCACAACAAGAAGCGGGAGGAACUCCACAGGCUGCAGGAGAAGUACAAGGCGGCUGGUGGAGAGGACGAAGAGUCUGAGGAGUCGUCUGAGGACGAAACGGAAGAUGACGAAGCCGCGCUCAUUACCGAAGACCUAGAUGCCGAGAUCUCGGCUACGCUUCAGGCUAUCAGGAACAGGGACCCCAGAAUAUACGACAGGAACGCCGUCUUCUACAAGCCGUUCGACCCCGAUGCUGUGCCGACGAAGAAGAAGGAGGAAAAGCCAAUGUUCUUGCGCGACUACCACCGUGAGCGGUACUUGAGCGGCGAUGUCGGCGCUGACGACGACAAUGCUGCCGAUAGCCCAAGGACAUACGCGCAGCAGCAGGACGACAUCAAGCAGUCCAUCCUCUCCGAGAUCAACGCGGCCGCCGCUGCUGCCAACGACGACGAAGAGGAGUGGAGUGAUGACGAUGCCUUCAUCAAGCCGGUCAAGAAGGACGACGGUCCCGCAGAAAACGGCGUCCAUCCGUCACGAGCGGCCAACGUCAAACUCACCGAGGUCGAUGUCGCUAAUGCCGACAAGAACCCGGAGGAGUUUCUAAACAAAUUCAUGGCCUCCAAGGUUUGGGCGGCAGAGGACGGAGAUCCCAAUUGGCAGGCAUUCGAAUCCGACGAGGGUGAGGACGCGGACGACUUAGCCGAGGAAUUCGAACAUGCCUACAAUAUGCGCUUUGAGGACCCAGCCAAGAGCAACGAGUUUCUGAAGACCUACUCGAGAAACAUGGCGGCCGCACGGUCUGCCAGGAAAGAGGAGUUGACGGGCAGGAAGAAGCAGAGGGCGCUCGAGAAGGAGAGGAAGGAAGCGGAGAAGAAGGAGCGCGAGGCGGAACGGGCCCGUCUGCGGCGCCUAAAGAUUGACGAGGCCGCGGAGAAGCUCGCCAAGAUCAAGAAAGCUGCUGGAUUGAAGGGCAAAGCACUCAGCGAGGAGCAAUUGAUGAAGGUGCUGGAAGAUGCCUGGGACAACGACAAGUGGGAGGAGGAGAUGAGGAAGCAGUUUGGCGACGACUACUACGCCGAGGCCGAUGACAUGUCCCUAGACGAGGAGGAAGACGAUGAAGAGGAAGAGUCGAAGAAGAAGAAAAAGAAGAAGCCCAAGAAGCCCAAAUGGGACGAUGACAUCGAUAUCAAGGACAUCGUUCCCGAUUUCGAGGAUGAAGUCAAACCCAACAUCACCUUGACCGACGACGAAGCCCAAGCGGCGCAAGCCGAGCAAGACGCAUCAGACGACUCGGGCUCGGACCAAGAGCGGCCAGCCAAGAAGCGCAAGACCUCCAAAGACAUCAAGAAGGAGCGCAUCGAGGCCAAGCGACAAGCCCGCGCGGAGCUUGCCAAGAUUGAAGCGCUCGUCGACACCAAGAUGGAGCUCGAAAACCCGCGCGCUCUUCAGUCUAGAGGCGGCACAGCUGGCUUCCGCUACCGCGAGACGUCGCCCAACUCUUUCGGCCUCACGGCGCGCGACAUCCUGCUUGCACCGUCCGACGCGGCGCUCAACGAGUUCGCGGGCCUCAAGAAGCUGGCCACGUUCCGCGACGCCGAGAAGAAGCGCAAGGACAAGAAGAAGCUGGGCAAGAAGGCCCGGCUGCGGCAGUGGCGGCGCGAGACGUUUGGCAGGGGCUUCGAAGAGACCGGGCCGACCUUUGGGUUUGAGGCGCUGCUCAAGGACGAACAGUCUAGUGGAAGUGGAGCCAAUGCCGCGAGGAAGAAGCACACGUCGAGGAAGGAUAAGCCUGAGAAUGGCGAGGCGGGCGCUAGUAACAUCGUUGACGGGGAGAGGAAGAAGAAGAGGAAGAGGUCCAAGAAGGGGAAGAAGGCCGAGAAGGUGGAGGAGUAGGGGCUGUCUCUGUUGGCGUUCAGAUGACUACGUUACUUAUGCAUGCAUUGCUUCAUUUAUUGGCAGGCCUGUAUCCAUUCAAUGGCGUUAUAUGGACCUUGAGCUACAUACAAGUUAUCUGGUUGGCCUCGUCUGUAUCCCGUACAUACCAUACCGUAGGGACCCAGAUGUAUUUAGGGUUUGUGUCCUUGACAUCGUCAAUUUCACAUCCCUAGAGUAACCG